GAAACUGACAAGCUGCGCGAUGAAGAUCUCUACAAGUUUUUGGCCGAAAUAAAGCGGCCGAGCUCAGCGCCCAAGAAGCUCAAGUGCAUCCCUGGCACGCUCAAGAUUGAAGUGUGCCCGUGCCCUGACGAAAUCAAGAAUGGUCUGACGCCGGAGCUGGCCAAGCUUAGCCCUUAUGGAGAUGAAAACGUCAGGCCGUGCAAAGAAAUCCUACCAUUCCCGCUGACGCCAACGCUCGUGCCUCACUACCAGUACCGAGCGCUGCUGUUCCUAUCCGUGCGAGACAUCAGCCUUGCUGCCUACACCUCAAGGACUGGCUCUGCGAGGAAUAUCACUGUGCGAGUGCAGCUAAUGGCGGGUGAGCAACAAUCGGCAGCGCUGCCGGCCAUCUUCGGACGAAGCUCGUGCCCCGAGUUCUCUACAGAGGCCUAUACCACCGUGCUGUAUCACAACAAGUCGCCAUCCCUCUACGACGAGAUAAAACUAAAGCUCCCGGCAGACUUAGGAGACCAGCACCACCUGCUGUUCACGUUUCUACACGUGGCGUGCCAGCGCAAGCCCGUCGCGCCCGGACAAGAGAAGAACGUAGAAACCGUCGUGGGAUACUCGUGGCUCCCCCUAUGUCGCAACGGCAAGCUGACGUGCGGCGAGUUCAACUUACCAGUGAUGCAGGAGGAGCCGCCGCCCAACUAUUCUUACAUAUUCCCCGAUGUACUGCUGCCCGGGACGCGGUGGAUUGACAACCAUAAGCCGAUAUUUAGCAUUGCGUUGGAUGCCCACACGACGGUUCAUCCGCUAGACGGGUACAUCGAACGGUUUGCAAUGGCGUGCGAGGCAGUGCAAGAGGGCAAUAUCCCGCCAAGAAUCGGUCUUGCUAACAUGGAGGCUGAACUGCGGGCCAGCAUAGCUGAGCUGCCCACAGCAAGCGUGGAGGCAUUGGCAGCAUAUCUGCCGGUAGCGCUGGACCGGCUGCUGCGGCUGCUGGCAGCGGCGCCGGCGCUGGCGGGCGCGCCGCUCAACAUCGCACAGCAGGUGUUCACGUGCGUCGCGCAGCUGUUCAGCGAGGUCACGAAUAUGAACGAGGGCGCUACGUGUGACGCGCACGGCCGUAGCGGACUUAUUACUACGUACAUUCAAUAUCAGGCGACUAUCCCGCGCCCGUCUCUUACGGACCGGGACAUCGGGCUACCCCUGCCACCCACCGUAAUGACGGACGGCUCCUGCAAGAUCUUGCACGAGGAGCUGGCUCUUCAGUGGGUUGUGGCGAGCGGAGCCACCAGAGAACUCGCCAUGCAGAACUCUUGGGCAUUUUUCGAGCUGAUGAUCAAAUCAAUGGUGGAGUAUUUGUACUGGAGUGGCGCGCACGAGGCGCCACGCAAGGCUCGCUUCCCGGAGCAGUUCACAGACGAUGUAACCACCCUCGUCAAUAACGUCACUUCGGAGAUCAUCUCGGGAUACGGCAAGAACAGCCGGCUCACCCAGAGCUUAAACAACAGCCUGGCCUUCUUCUUAUUCGACCUGCUCAGCAUCAUGGACCGCGGCUACGUGUUCCUGCUCAUCCGCUCCUACUACAAGCAAAUGAGUGCCAAGAUCGCCUCGCUGCCCGAUGCCGUACCACUGGUGCAUUAUAAGCUCGCGUUCCUCCGCAUCAUCUGCUCGCACGAGCACUACGUGUCUUUGAACCUGCCGCCGUCCGCCGGCGGCGCCGCCUCGCCCGCGCCCUCCCAGCACUCCGGCUCGCACUCCUCGCACUCGCCUGCCCAGCUCACGCACGAGUUCCGCUCGCGGCACUACCUCGCCGGCCUGCUGCUGGCCGAGCUGGCCGCCGCGCUGGAGCUGCAGAGCCCGAUGCUGCAAGGCAGCGCAGUAGGCGCAGUAGUGUCUCUGCUGGCGGCGCACGACGCCGACCCACGUCUGCGUGCGCCCGAACUCAAGGCGCGCGUGGCAGCCCUGUACCUGCCGCUCGUGCAGGUGGCCCUGGACGCGCUGCCGCAGCUGCCCCGCGGCCUGGACAACAACAAAGAAAUACUCCAACUGGACAGUGACAUCGGUCAGUUUGGCAACUUCUACAAUACGACGUCGCCCGAUGGGGACUUUAAACAGACAGCGAAACCCCCGUUCAACAGUGAAACAUCCCGCAACUUACUUAUGUGUCUGGUGUGGGUCCUGAAGUGGAGCGACCGCGCCGCGCUCAGCGCUUGCGCCAGCGAGCUACCACCAGCCUCGCUGCACCGCCUGCUGACGCUCAUCGACCUGUGCUUCAAGUGCCAGGAGUACAAGGGUUGCAAAGAGAUAAUGAAGUGCGCGCAACAGAACAUCCGCAAGACGACCGACAUCAAAGCCAAGCUUGAAGACGUCAUCCUGGGUCAAGGGUCGGCCCGCUCCGACUUUAUUAUGCGACGCAAAGGCAACUCGUCAGCAAGCGGCUGCAAGCGCGAGCGCUGGCGUAAAGAAUGGUUCCGCGGCGGCGCGCGCUCGCAGCCGCUGUCGCCCGCCGCGCCGCCGCCCGCGCACGCCGCCGCGCUCGCCGCAGAAGUUGCGCUCACCUUGCUACACGCGCUCGAGACCAUCGUGCAG